GAUCACCCCGGGAUCCGUCUGCCAGCGGGAAUGUGACCCGGUGAAUUGAAGGGAAAAGGGAGCCGCGUUUCUGUCGGCUUUGAGCGGAGUUGGAAGCGAUGACGUAGGUCUGGUGUGUGUGAGCAGAUGUCUCUGUCCUUUUAAUGACACGGGGAAAUGAUUCGCUCUAGGUGCUGGAUGCCAUCGAGCAGCACUCGUGUUUGCGUGGGAAGGAGAAGGAAGGAGGACACUAGAAUAAGAGAGUGGGGGGGGCCGGGAGCACAGGACGAUGCUGCUGAAAGGAAUGUGAGCCACGGAGCAUGUUUGGUGCCACAGUUACCCAGGUGCUGAAUGCUGCCUGCAGACUGCUUUGUCCAUGAGGGAAGAAACUGAGUGGGAACUGAGAGCACGACUGAGUCCAUAACACACUUCAAACAUGCGCAAAGGGGUGCCAAAGGACCCAGAAAUAGCUGACCUGUUCUACAAAGAUGAUCCGGAGGAAAUAUUCGUGGGUUUGCACGAAAUCGGACAUGGAAGUUUUGGAGCAGUUUACUUUGCUACAAAUUCCCACACUAAUGAGGUGGUGGCAGUCAAGAAGAUGUCCUAUAGUGGAAAGCAAACGAAUGAGAAAUGGCAGGAUAUCAUCAAAGAAGUCAAGUUUCUGCAACAGCUGAAGCACCCCAACACCAUAGAGUACAAGGGCUGUUACCUGAAAGAGCACACGGCAUGGUUGGUUAUGGAGUACUGUUUAGGAUCAGCUUCUGAUUUGCUAGAGGUUCACAAGAAGCCACUUCAGGAAGUGGAGAUUGCUGCCAUCACCCACGGUGCCUUGCAGGGGCUGGCCUACCUGCACUCUCACUGUAAGAUCCAUAGGGAUAUUAAAGCUGGAAAUAUUCUCCUAACAGAACCAGGUCAAGUGAAACUCGCUGAUUUUGGGUCUGCAUCUAUAGUCUCCCCUGCCAACUCUUUUGUGGGAACGCCUUACUGGAUGGCACCAGAGGUGAUCCUUGCUAUGGACGAGGGACAGUACGACGGGAAGGUGGAUGUCUGGUCCCUUGGAAUCACGUGUAUCGAGUUAGCUGAGAGGAAGCCUCCACUUUUCAACAUGAAUGCAAUGAGUGCCUUAUAUCACAUAGCCCAGAACGAUUCCCCUACGUUACAAUCAAAUGAAUGGACAGACUCCUUUAGGGGAUUUGUUGAUUACUGCUUACAGAAAAUACCUCAGGAAAGGCCAUCAUCAACAGAUUUGUUACGGCACGACUUUGUCCGCCGAGACCGACCCCCCAGGGUGCUCAUAGACCUCAUCCAAAGGACAAAGGAUGCAGUGAGGGAGCUGGAUAACCUGCAGUACCGGAAAAUGAAGAAAAUCCUCUUCCAGGAGACACGGAAUGGCCCUCUGAACGAGUCCCAGGAGGAGGAGGAGGACAGUGAGCAUGGAUCAAACCUGAGUAGGAAGAUGGACAGUCUGGGCAGCAACCAUUCCAUCCCCAGCAUGUCUGUGAGCACGGGCAGCCAGAGCAGCAGUGUGAGCAGCAUGCAGGAGGUCCUGGAUGAGAGCAGCCCUGAGCUGGUCAUGAUGCAUAGUGACGAGAGCACCAUUAAUUCCAGUUCCUCCGUUGUUCACAAGAAGGAUCAUGUAUUUAUAAGGGAUGAGGUGGGCCACAGGGAUCGCAGGCCUGAGGUGCGGCCUACCCAGUCAGUGCAGAAUCAGGCCCUCCACUACCGGAACCGAGAGCGCUUUGCCACAAUCAAAUCAGCAUCUUUGGUUACAAGACAGAUCCAUGAGCAUGAGCAGGAGAACGAGUUGCGGGAACAGAUGUCAGGAUAUAAGCGGAUGCGGCGCCAGCACCAGAAGCAGCUGAUCGCCCUGGAAAACAAGUUGAAGGCCGAGAUGGACGAGCACCGCCUCAAGCUGCAGAAGGAGGUGGAGACACACGCCAACAACUCGUCCAUCGAGCUGGAGAAGCUGGCCAAGAAGCAGGUGGCUGUGAUGGACAAGGAGGCAAAGGCAGCUGCAGCAGAUGAAAAGAAAUUCCAGCAACAGAUUUUGGCUCAGCAAAAGAAAGACCUGGCGACCUUUUUAGAAAGUCAGAAGAAACAAUACAAGCUUUGCAAGGAAAAGAUUAAAGAGGAAAUGAACGAGGACCACAGCACGCCCAAGAAAGAGAAGCAAGAAAGGAUAUCCAAACAUAAAGAGAACCUGCAGCACACACAGGCUGAAGAGGAGGCCCAACUUCUCAGCCAGCAGAGACUCUACUACGACAAAAACUGCCGUUCCUUCAAGAGAAAAACGAUGAUCAAGAGGCACGAGAUGGAGCAGCAGAACAUUCGGGAAGAGCUGAACAAGAAGCGGACGCAGAAGGAGAUGGAGCACGCGAUGCUGAUCCGGCACGACGAGUCCACGCGCGAGCUGGAGUACCGGCAGCUGCACACGCUGCAGAAGCUGCGCAUGGACCUGAUCCGGCUGCAGCACCAGACUGAGCUCGAGAACCAGCUGGAAUACAACAAGAGGCGGGAGCGGGAGCUGCACAGGAAGCAUUUCAUGGAGCUCCGGCAGCAACCAAAGAACCUGAAGGCUAUGGAAAUGCAGAUCAAAAAGCAGUUCCAGGACACAUGCAAAGUGCAAACUAAGCAGUACAAAGCACUGAAGAAUCACCAGCUGGAAGUAACUCCAAAGAGUGAGCACAAGACAAUUCUGAAGAGCCUGAAGGACGAGCAGACGCGGAAGCUCGCCAUCCUGGCCGAGCAGUACGAGCAGAGCAUCAACGAGAUGAUGGCCUCGCAGGCGCUACGGCUGGACGAGGCCCAGGAAGCGGAAUGCCAAGCCCUGAGACUGCAACUCCAGCAGGAGAUGGAGCUGCUCAACGCGUACCAGAGCAAAAUUAAGAUGCAGACAGAAGCACAGCACGAAAGGGAACUCCAGAAGCUGGAGCAACGGGUGUCGCUGCGCAGGGCACACCUGGAACAAAAGAUCGAAGAGGAGCUCGCCGCCCUCCAGAAGGAACGCAGCGAGAGGAUCAAGUUUCUGUUGGAAAAGCAGGAGCGAGAGAUUGAGACGUUUGACAUGGAGAGCUUGCGAAUGGGCUUUGGGAAUUUGGUCACAUUAGAGUAUCCCAAGGAGGACUAUAGAUGAGGUUAAAUUUCUUUGCCAUUUAAAAAACAAAACCGAUAAAAAGCAAACCAAGUAAGGAUAAAACUUGCAAACCCAACAUUCCCCAUGUUGACGGGCGUGCUCUCUCUCUUUCUGUCUCUCUUACUGACAUCGUGUCGGACCAGUGCCUGUAUAUUCUUACUCCAUCAGGGGCCCCUUUCCCCCGUCACGUCCCGGUGCAGGACAGCUCCUGGCAGUCUUUUCCAUAGUAUGUCACAGUAUUGAUGUCUCUGUGCAAUGAUUAAAAAUGUUUCAGUGAAAACUUUGGAGACAAUUUUAAUGGAGAAAAAAAAAAAACAA